GCUGAUGAUGCUUUGCUCGUGCUUCCUCGAGCAUUGAGAGAUUUCUUUUGUCUACGUUUGUCAGUCCAUUGCCUUCUGUGAUAAACGAUAUUAUCGUGAAAGUUAGAAUGUGAGCCGCGAAGACUGAAGUUUCAGCCGAAACGAGUCAAGUCGCGAUUCUGCUGACAACCAGCAUUUUUUCUUACCGCUAAUAUAUUCUUUUUAAUUUUAUAAUCGUUAUAUAAAAUCGUUUUAAUUGUUUAUACGCAAGUGACGGAUCUUGCUGAUCCGCUUUUGUGAGAAUUCUGUUAUGUGAACGAGGGACGACACGAUGUUGUCACGUGUAUUUCGCGCUUCAUUGACAUUUUCCAAAAGUCAUUGUGAAAAGAUUUCUGCGAUGAAAUGUCCGCACAGGACACAGCAAAUGCGACAUUUAGAGAUUCAUGAACACCAAGCUUAUGAACUGUUACGAGGUGCUGGAAUUCCUACACCGCCGUUCAUGGUCGCAAAGACUCCCGAAGAUGUUGAAAAAGCUGUCAAGAAACUCAAGUUAAAGGACAUUGUGUUGAAAGCUCAAGUUUUAACCGGUGGACGGGGGAAGGGACGAUUCAAGGAUUCUGAUGUGUCCGGUGUCAAUGUAUGCGACAAUGCUAAGGAAGCUAAAGAAGUGGCACGUAAAAUGAUAGGAAACGUUCUGGUGACGAAGCAAAGCGGACCAGAAGGGAAAAUCUGCAACUCUGUAAUGGUGACGUCACGCAUGUAUGCGCGGAAGGAAUAUUACUUGUCAAUUACUUUCGACCGGGCAUAUCCAUGUGGACCUCUUAUAAUUGCUUCGAGCCAAGGCGGAGUGAACAUCGAAGAAGUAGCUGCUACGAACCCUGAGGCUGUGUCAUAUAUUCCUAUAGACAUAUCGAAGGGAUUAACAACGGAGCAGGCUAACAGCGUAUCUGCUAAAUUGGGCAUUAAAGAAGGGAAGGAAAAGAUAUCUGAAAUUAUAUGCAACCUCUACGAGUUGUUCCUCGAAAAGGAUGCUCUUCUUCUUGAGAUCAAUCCUCUGACCAGGGAUAUAAACGAUGAAUUCUUUGCUUUGGACUGCAAGGUGAAUUUUGACGAUUCUGCGGACUUCCGACAAAAAGAGCUGCAUGACUUAAGAGAUUGGAGUCAACGAGAUAAAAAAGAAGCGCAAGCUAGCAAACAUAAUUUAAAUUAUAUUACACUGGACGGUAAUAUUGCUUGCAUGGUUAAUGGAGCAGGUUUAGCAAUGGCAACGAUGGAUAUCAUUCAGCUUUAUGGGGGAAGUCCUGCUAAUUUUUUGGAUGUCGGUGGAGGUGCAACCACCGAAACAGUCACCGAAGCUUUCAAAAUACUCUCUUCUGAUCCCAAGGUGGAAGCUAUUCUAGUCAAUAUCUUUGGAGGCAUUAUUCGUUGUGACAUUAUUGCCGAAGGCAUCAUCAAAGCUUCUUCGGAUCUUAAGCUUAAGAUACCUGUAGUGAUCAGAUUAGAGGGCACCAAUGUUGAACAGGCACGCUCCCUGAUAAUACAAUCGAAAUUGGGACUCAUCCCAAUCGAAGACUUUGCAGAAGCUGCCGAAGCUGCUGUGAAGUUGGCAAAGAUUGUGCGUUUGGCAAAUUCAUUGAACAUGGACAUUACUCUCAGUCCCAAAGACGAUAACGAUGCGAUGGCCACCAUGCUGUCGCGGACGAUCUCGCUUGCCGAAAACCUCGCCCGAUUUAACGGGUCCAAGAUUCUAGCAUGCAAAGCUGGGGUGGCGAAGCAGCCGGUGAGAAACUUAAAUGUCCAUGAACACAUCAGCUACAGUUUACUUAAUGAAGCUGGCAUCCCGACGCCAAAGUUUGGCGUUGCUAAAACGCCAGAUGAGGCGGCAAAAUUUGCUGCCGACUUGAAAACGAAGGACAUAGUUCUUAAGGCGCAAGUUCUUGCCGGAGGUCGUGGGAAAGGACACUUUAAGGGUACCAAUGUUAGCGGAGUCAAGAUGUGCGAAUCUCCUGAGGAAGCGAGAGAGUUAGCUAGCAAGAUGUUAGGUAAAAUCCUGGUAACAAAACAGACAGGCGAAGCAGGAAGGAUAUGCAAUGCAGUAAUGGUUACACAGCGUAUGUUUCCUCGUAAGGAAUACUACAUUGCUAUUAUGAUGGAAAGGGCUUUUGGUGGGCCUGUAAUAAUUGCAUCGAGCCAGGGUGGGGUUAAUAUCGAAGAAGUGGCUGCUACAAAUCCUGGAGCUAUUACGUACGAACCUAUUAAUAUUGACACAGGAGUAACACCGGAACAGGCAAAUCGAAUUGCUGCGAAACUAGGUCUUGAAAAAGUAAAGGAUUACGUUGGAAAGAUCAUCGUAAGUCUGUAUGACUUAUUCGUUAAGAAGGAUGCUCUCCUUCUGGAAGUGAAUCCGUUCGCUGAAGAUAUCAACGGGAAAUAUUUUGCACUGGAUUGCAAAUGCAGAUUCGAUGAUAAUGCUGAGUUCAGGCAAAAGGAGUUAUUUGCUUUAAGAGAUUGGUCCCAGGAAGACGUAAAGGAAGUCGAAGCAGCAAAGUUUGAUUUAAAUUACAUUGCUCUUGAUGGUAAUAUUGGCUGCAUGGUAAAUGGUGCCGGGUUAGCCAUGGCUACCAUGGAUAUUAUUAAGCUCCAUGGUGGAGAACCUGCUAAUUUCUUGGAUGUUGGUGGCGGUGCUACCACCUCCGCUGUGAAGGAGGCUUUUAAAAUCAUUACGUCAGAUCCAAGAGUUCAUGCUCUUCUAGUUAACAUCUUCGGAGGCAUCAUGCGAUGCGAUGUCAUUGCUGAAGGUAUUAUCGCGGCAACGAAAGAACUUAGCCUUAAAAUUCCUGUCGUUGUUAGGUUGCAGGGAACGAACGUAGACGAGGCAAAAGCUCUGAUAGCAAAUGCAGGCCUGAAAAUUGUGCCCGUAGAUGAUCUCGACGAAGCCGCUCGUAUUGCCGUGAAGUUGUCAACUAUUGUCAAGCUUGCGCAUUCUGCCAAUCUUAACGUAAACUUUGAGAUUCCUCAGAUUUCCUAGAUCAAGGGACAAUAACUUCGUCUCCUAAAUUAUCCGCAAGUUCGCAAAUUAUACUCAAACGCCGUUGAACAUUUUAUCAACUGAAAGUAACUUUUAUCAGUACCGAACCUCUCUUUGUAGGGACAGAUUUGCAAUUUUGCUUUUCCGUUCUCUAAGGUCGUAAGGUUGAGACUAUACGACGUAAAAAGUAAAUAAAAGCGAGUCAAAUUUGGGUCUUAGGCCAAUUUAUUUGGCAGAAUCUUUCUAUACGUGAUUAAUCUCUAACAGUUAACGACAUUAAGGAAGUAACUUCAAUCUUGAAAAGAUAUUGAGAAAACCUCACACCUGCGUUUAUACAGGCACAAAACAUUGUUACAGAUAAGUGAUAUGAUUCAUUUGGAGUGCGCUUAACAAUUUAUACCUUGCCCAUUGAUUGGGCUCCUCUGCUCAGUAUUACAUACUCUGUGUGCAAAUACUCAAUCGUUGCACAUCGGGGUGAACUUUGUUAUUGAUAAUCGACUUCAUUAAGGGGAUGUGAUAGUGGCAUCCAAAAAUUUCAUUUUUUAUCUAACCAUUUUGAAAAUGAGUAAACAAAUUUUUAAAAAAUUGAAAUUUCGUGGGGGUCAGGACCUUCAUUAUAACCUCCAUAUUCACGUUAGGUUUGAAACUAUUCGGUACAUCCAGUUCGGAGAAAAGUUUCAUGAACUACACCACUUUGAUGCCAUUUUUACGUCACCUUAAGAUGAUAUGAAAGGGUCAUUUUAUAUAUAUAGAAUGACCCUUUCUUAUCACCUGAAGAAUGUCCACCUGUCUCGUCCACGAUAACAACUGAGACGUCAUUGCACCGAAUUGAACAAGAACAUACUGUAUUCAAAAUUGUACGCCGCUUCAAACGAGCCUGUUUAAUGUAACGUGUAUUAUAAGUACGUGUAUACAUAAAUUAUUUUACAUAUAAGUUCCUUUAGUAUUUAUUCUUUAAAAAUGUUUUAAGGGCCAUUCUGAGAAUUAUGAAUUCGAGUCAUUCAAGUUUUUCAAUUUCAGACUUAAAAGGCGGAAUAAGCUAGGAGGAAAUUCAAUGUUAAUGUAUGAAUGAAAAUAAACAUGGAUGGGUAACAAUGCAUUACUUUAGAAACAAGAUCUCGGGUCUGGUAGAAUGUUUUAUCGAUCACAUUUAUUUGUGCAAUUGUAAGCUUCCUCCUAAUGAUGGAGCUUAUUUCGUUCAGAUUGUAACGUGAUUGUGAAUAACUUAAGUAUCACAAUUAUGUUUUGAGGCUGGUGCAAUUGGUUUCAAAAGUAAUGUAAUCGUACCUUUCCGUGAGCAUACCAUUGGAUUUUUACAUGAUCAAUUGCAGUAUAUUAUUAAGUGACACCACGUUUAAAAAUAGUGUAUUACCAUAAGAAGCUACAACUAUACGUGUUUUUAAUGCAA